GGGGUGCGCACUGCCCGAGAGUGAGCACGGCCCCCGGGGUGAGCACGGCCCGAGGGCGAGCACGGCCCCGGGGUGAACACGGCCCCGGGGUGAGCACGGCAUGGUCCGGCCCCCGGUGAGCACGGCCCCGGGGUGAGCACGGCAUGGUCCGGCCCCCAGUGAGCACGGCCCCGGGGUUUGCACGGCCCGGCACCGCCCCCGGUGAGCACGGCCCCCGGUGAGCACGGCCCCGCGGUGAGCACUGCCCCGGGCACGGCCCCCGGUGAGCACGGCCCGGCGCCGCCCCCGGUGAGCACGGCCCGGUGCCGCGGCCCCGCCGCACCGUGCGCAGCGGCAGCACCGCCCCGUGUCCUGCCCCAUAAAUAGUGGGCGGCCGGAGCUGGGCUGCACCUCUGUCAGCCUCGCCACACCGAGCCGAACCGAGCCGAGCUAGAUUGAACUAAGCCGCGCCGAGCCGAGCCAUGGACCCCCAGGACUGCACGUGUGCCGCCGGUGACUCCUGCUCCUGCGCCGGGUCCUGCAAGUGCAAGAACUGCCGCUGCCGGAGCUGCCGCAAGAGUUGCUGCUCCUGCUGCCCCGCAAGCUGCAGCAACUGCGCCAAGGGCUGCGUGUGCAAGGAGCCGACCAGCAGCAAGUGCAGCUGCUGCCACUGAGCCGCUCACCUCUGCCUGUAAAUAGUCGGCACGCUUCGGGGAUGGGGGGUGGGGGGCACAAAAAAGCCUAUUUUUUUCUGUUUUUCUUGUUUUGUAUUUUCUGUACCAGUGGUGAAACUGGAUGGAAAUAAAGGAGUUUUUCUGGA